AUGAACGAAAGAAUCUCAUUAGAUUUCUAUGAUUUUACAAAUAUUGAAAAAUUCAUUCAUAUCUACAAUCAAGCAACUAUUCGAGAAAUUGAAUAGAAAGAGAAAAAAAUGAUGACUUUCAAAAAAAUAGCCUUUAAAAGUAAAAAUGAUAGGAUAACUUUAAAUCAAAAUGGACUUGAUCUUUGGAAAAUUGAAGUUCUCCUGAAAAACUCUAUUUAGAUUGAAUUCAAUAAAAUCACCUUUGAAAUUCCCCAAAAAGAUUUAUUAUUCGAGGAAUUCGAAGAAGAAAUAGUUCAGAUGAUGAAUAAUGGCUCUAAUGAUGUUGAAAAAAAUGUGAUUUCAAAAGUAUAAAAUUCUAAUAAAGUGUUGAACUAAACACUAAUAAUUAAAAGCAUUUCACAGAGUAGUUACAAGUAUCAAUAGAAUCAAAUGUAUUUAAGACUUAGUUAAUUAUUCAGAAAUGUCAAAGCUUUAAUCUUGGAAGACUCUAAAGAUUUUUUCAUCAGAAGAUGCUUUGAUCUCAUCAGAUUUUAUAAAGAGUCAGAAAAAUCUAAAGCGUUUAAAAAUAUAAACUUAAUACUCAAGAAAUCAUGA